AUGGCGAAAGAAAGGCAGAAGUGGACCCCAGAGGAAGAAAAAGCUUUGUUUGAUGGAGUUGGAAAACAUGGGCAAGGGAAAUGGAAAGUUAUUCUUACAGAUCCCCAAUUUGCUUCUGCUUUAGCAAAUCGAUCAAACAUAGAUCUGAAGGACAAAUGGCGCAACGUUAGUGUUAACAGAGACAAAGUUAGAACUCCAUUGUUAGAAGGAAUUACUACAAAUCCACCCAUGAAUUAUCCCAAACCUUUAUCUGUUGUUCAUCUCCUUGACUAUGGUGGCAUGUCUGUGCCUUCCAGCAGCACCAUGGAUGAAAAACCACCCCCAAUUUACGAAAAGUUGAUUCUCGAGGCUCUGUCAUCCAUUGGAGAUCCAAAUGGAUCUAACACCAAUGCAAUUCUUAGCUUCAUUGAGAAAAAUUUCCCAAUGCCUGAAAAUUUCGAAACAUCAGUGACUUCAAUGCUCAGAAGACUUGUGUUAACAGGAAAACUUGAAAUGGUGGAUAACAACUUCAGGUAUAAGGGUGCAUCUUCUGGAGCUAAAACAUUCAAAAGGGAUGAUGGUAAGAAUGAUAAAGUUGAUGAUAAGAAAGAGGAGGCACCAGAUGCUCCUGAUUCACCUAUUGCUACCGAGACUUUAGAAGAUGCUGCAUUUUAUGCUGCACGUCUUAUUGCUCGUGCUGAAAACUUGGAGCACCGGGCAACUGAAGCGUGUCAAAAGUCAAAUAGGAUUGCAAUGAUGGUAGAAGAAAGCAUGGCAAUGCUACAGCUGGCUGAAGAGCUUAAUCAGAUAUACAGGAAACAUGGAUUUGCUCUGGUGGCUCUUUGA